CUUGCCAGGCGCCAGGCGGGCAGGGGAGGUGGCGGGCGGCCGCGGGCGCAGGCCGGGCCGGCAGCAGGACACGGGCGGCUGGGGUGCGGGGGGAUCGGCGCGGGGACCAGCAUGCGCCGCUCGCGGGGAGGCGUCUGGCUGGCGCUGGCCGCGUCGCUGCUGCACGUGUCCCUGCAAGGCGAGUUCCAGAGGAAGCUCUACAAGGAGCUGAUCAAGAACUACAACCCCCUGGAGAGGCCCGUGGCCAACGACUCGCAGCCCCUCACCGUCUACUUCUCACUCAGCCUCCUGCAGAUCAUGGAUGUGGAUGAGAAGAACCAAGUUUUAACCACCAACAUUUGGCUGCAGAUGUCCUGGACAGAUCACUACUUACAGUGGAACAUGUCGGAGUACCCGGGCGUGAAGAACGUCCGGUUUCCAGAUGGCCAGAUAUGGAAGCCAGACAUUCUUCUCUACAACAGCGCUGACGAGCGAUUUGAUGCCACAUUCCACACCAACGUGCUAGUGAAUUCUUCAGGGCAUUGCCAGUACCUCCCUCCAGGUAUAUUCAAGAGCUCCUGCUACAUUGAUGUGCGCUGGUUCCCCUUUGAUGUGCAGCAGUGCAAGCUCAAGUUUGGCUCCUGGUCCUACGGAGGCUGGUCCCUGGACCUCCAGAUGCAAGAAGCAGAUAUCAGCGGCUACAUCCCCAAUGGCGAGUGGGACCUUGUGGGGAUCCCGGGCAAACGGAGUGAGAAGUUCUAUGAGUGCUGCAAGGAGCCAUACCCAGAUGUCACCUUCACAGUGACUAUCCGCCGCCGGACCCUCUACUAUGGCCUCAAUCUGCUCAUUCCCUGCGUCCUCAUCUCUGCCCUGGCUCUCCUGGUCUUCCUGCUGCCUGCUGACUCUGGGGAGAAAAUCUCCCUUGGGAUCACCGUCUUGCUCUCACUCACCGUUUUUAUGCUGCUGGUGGCAGAGAUCAUGCCUGCGACCUCCGACUCGGUGCCCUUGAUUGCUCAGUACUUUGCCAGUACCAUGAUCAUCGUGGGGCUCUCGGUGGUGGUGACGGUUAUCGUGCUGCAGUACCACCACCAUGACCCUGAUGGCGGCAAGAUGCCCAAAUGGACCCGAAUCAUCCUUCUGAACUGGUGCGCAUGGUUCCUGCGCAUGAAGCGUCCGGGCGAGGACAAAGUGCGUCCGGCCUGCCCGCACAAGCAGCCGCGGCGCUGCAGCCUGGCCAGCGUGGAGAUGAGCGCUGUGGCCGCGGGGCCCCCAGCUGCCAAUGGCAACCUGCUCUACAUCGGCUUCCGCGGGCUGGAUGGCAUGCACUGCGCCCCGACGCCAGACUCCGGGGUGGUGUGCGGCCGCCUGGCCUGCUCACCUGCGCACGAUGAGCACCUGCUGCAUGGUGGGCCACCGGCUGAUGGGGACCCUGAGCUGGUCAAGAUCCUGGAGGAGGUGCGCUACAUCGCCAGCCGCUUCCGCUGCCAAGAUGAGAGCGAGGCCAUCUGCAGUGAGUGGAAGUUUGCUGCCUGCGUCGUGGACCGCCUGUGCCUCAUGGCCUUCUCCGUCUUCACCAUCAUCUGCACCAUCGGCAUCCUCAUGUCGGCUCCCAACUUUGUGGAGGCUGUGUCCAAAGACUUCGCUUGAGCUGGGUCAGAUGGACCCUGCUGCUGGGAUGUCUGU